UGCGCAUGCCUCAGCUUCCGCGCAUGCGUACCAGAGAGGGCGAGAGAGGUUGUUUUUGGAAGAAUUGACGCUAAAUUGAUUGAAUUUUGUCCGUUUGUUCGUCAUGAUUCCGACUGAGGACGCGUCGGCUAGGAAGAGGGAGAUAGAGGACAAGCUGAAGCAGGAACAGGAGACGCUGUCGUUUAUUCGUGAGAAUUUGGAAAAGAGUGAUCAGCUCACUAAAGGAAUGGUGUCCAUCCUGUCGUCCUUCGAGAGUCGGCUCAUGGCUCUGGAGAACUCCAUCAUCCCAGUUCACAAGCAGACGGAGAACUUGCAGCGCCUUCAGGAGAACGUGGACAAGACGCUCUUCUGCCUCGACCACGUCAUCAGCUACUAUCAUGUCGCCAAAGAUACAGACAAAAUCAUCAAGGAGGGACCCACUGGGAGGUUGAACGAGUAUCUCGCCUGCAUCGCCAAGAUCCAGAAAGCUGUGGAAUAUUUUCAGGAUAACAACCCUGACAGUCCUGAACUCAACACUGUGAAAGUGCGGUUUGAGAAAGGUAAAGAGCAGCUGGAGGCGGAGUUUCGUGCCCUGCUGACCCGCUACAGUAAGGCUGUCCCACCCAUUCUGAUCUUGGAUGCGAUUGGUGGGGACGAGGAGCUGGAGGGCGAGGUCACGCUGGAGCAUCUUCCCGAAGCCGUGCUGCAGGAUGUCAUUUGCAUCGCUGGGUGGCUGGUGGAGUACGGACGGAACCAGGACUUCAUGAACGUUUAUUUCCAGAUCCGUUCCAGUCAGCUGGAUCGCUCCAUUAAAGGUCUGAAGGAACAUUUCCGUAAGAACAGCGCCUCCUCUGCGCUGCUUUACUCCCCGGCGGUGCAGACCAAACGCAAGGACACGCCCACCAAAAAGGUUCCUAAGCGACCAGUUUACAUCCCAGGGACGAUCCGUAAAGCUCAGAACCUGCUGAAACAGUACUCUCAGCAUGGCCUGGAUGGGAAAAAGGCCUCAAACCUCACUCCUCUAGAAGGUUACGAUCACGAGCCGCGCGGGGUUAAGCACCUGUCGGAUGCACUGAGUGACAAGCACGGGGCUUCAGCAGGGAAGGAUGAUGUAAUGGACGUGGAGAUCGACUCGUAUAUCCACUGCAUCAGUGCGUUUGUGAAGCUGGCUCAGAGCGAGUACACUUUACUGACUGAGGUCAUUCCUGAACAUCACCAGAAGAAAACCUUUGACUCUCUCAUACAGGAGGCAUUAGAUAACCUGAUGCUGGAUGGUGACAACAUCGUCACAGCUGCACGCAGAGCCAUCAUGAGGCAUGAUUACUCAGCAGUGCUCACCAUCUUCCCCAUUCUCCGCCACCUCAAACACACCAAACCUGACUUCGACACCACACUUCAGGGGACCGCGGCGAGCACUAAGAACAAGCUGCCGACUCUGAUCACCUCCAUGGAGACGACAGGAGCCAAAGCUCUGGAGGAGUUCGCCGACAGCAUCAAGAACGAUCCAGAUAAAGAGUAUAACAUGCCUAAAGAUGGGACUGUACAUGAGCUUACCAGUAAUGCCAUUCUCUUCCUGCAGCAGUUGUUAGAUUUCCAGGAGACGGCUGGAGCGAUGUUGGCCUCUCAGGUCCUCGGGGACACUUACAAUAUUCCUUUAGACCCCCGAGAAACAAGCUCAUCAGCCAGCAGCUACAGCUCUGAGUUCAGCCGCAGACUCCUCAGCACCUACAUCUGUAAAGUGCUAGGAAACCUGCAGCUGAAUCUUCUGAGUAAAUCCAAGGUGUAUGAGGAUCAGGCUCUGAGCGCCAUUUUCCUCCACAACAAUUACAACUACAUCCUCAAAUCUCUGGAGAAGUCAGAGCUGAUCCAGUUGGUGGCUGUGACCCAGAAGAAGGCAGAGAGUUCCUACAGAGAAUUGAUCCAACAGCAGAUUCAGACAUAUCAGAGAAGUUGGAUGAAGGUGACAGACCACCUCACUGACAGGAACAUGCCAGCACUACUACCUGGAGUCAAGUUGAAAGACAAAGAGCGUCAGGCGAUCAAAGAUAAAUUCAAGGGUUUUAAUGACGGUCUGGAGGAGCUGUGUAAGAUACAGAAGGUGUGGGCGAUUCCUGAUAAAGAGCAGCGUGAUGCGAUUAGACAUGCCCAGAAACAGCUCAUCUCUGAUGCAUACAGUUUCUUCCUACGCAGGUGUGCAAACAUUUCAUUCACAAAGAACCCAGAGAAGUACUACAAAUACACACCAGAGGAUGUGGAGGACAUGAUCGAAAAGCUGUUUGACACCUCCGCCUAAACCCCACCCACUACACGCCCGCCAGUUGUAGCCAAAUCCCCACUUCCUGUUUCCUGCUGCACUACAAUGCUUCCUGUUUCUGAAUUAAAUCUGUAAAUACGCACAGUUUGAUGUUGAAUAAAGAAUUUCACUGUACAACUAU